UUAGCCCAAAGUAGUGUCGUUCAUCAAUGAAAGCUGGUUAGAAAUGCUUUAUUUUUCUUUUUCUUCUGCUCUUAUACCCAUUCUAACCUAUUCCGAGAUGCAUUAGAGACAAACGAACGUAAUAAGACAGACAUUUGUGCAGCAGAAAAUGAUACAGACUGUUAUUACCACCAUAACCAUAUGGAGUUGGACUCAGGCGCAUGUGUUAAACGAAGGAGACCACUGUUCACUGGCACAGUCGUGUCUGCAUGACGGCGCCGAGGCUCGCGGCGUCGACGGCGAUGGCCGUACCGUCCGCCUCUUCCUCGACUCCUGCGACUUGCACGAGUACAACUGCGACCACGGCACAAAUUUUCAGUUAAUAACUGUAACAAGCCCGUGUACAGAAGAUGAACUUACGGAGAAUAUGGAAACCGUUACGGAAAAUACAGAAGUUGUACAUUUACAAGACUCGGAUCAGACUCCAGACGCGGAUGAUUAUAAUUCCGUGAAAUUGCAUCGCGAUGAUAACAAUGUCGAUGAAGAGGGUCCACAGGAUAUUCAAAAACUAGACUUAAAAGAAUCGUAUUACAAAAGAAUUAAAAACAAGAACGCUGUUCAAAACUGA